CCUCAAGCCUCGACGAAGCUCCUUGCUACACACUCGCGGCGGGAAGCUCUUUAUCGUAUUGAAACUGCCUGUAUCUGCUUAUAGAAUUGCUUUAUUUCCAGCUCCCGCCGGGCACCACAUCAUCGCGACACCGCUCUCCCCCGAACCAUGACCUGGCGAUCUCGCCAUCAAACGCUGUCGCCGCCCGUUCGUUGAUGAACUGCCCCCCUGGUCCGACGCUUGACGGGAGCGCUACCCCGCCGCCAUCGACGACAUGCCCAUGAACGGUCGCGAGAUGACACGGGCCGAGUUGUUUGAGGAUGAGAAGAGGAGGAUCGUCGAAAGUUGCUUCAGCAGACGCGACGAAGACGGCUCCUUGCUCGAAACAUAUAUCACACACAUCAAGAUCACAGAGUUCCAAACUUCGCCCACAGCACCGCCAGCACCCAACGCGAGAACCCCUAAUGCCGAGAAGCCGCGCGUCAUCAUUGUCGGCGUGCGCAAGUCUGGCCGAGUACGCGUGCACAAAUCAAAGGAAAACCCAAACGGGACAUUCUCAAUAGGCAAAACGUGGUUUCUCGAUGACCUCUCGGCGAUCGAAUCCUUCACCAACUGUACAUACAACAACGACUACCAAGCAUGGGCGGGAGACGUGGGCUUCGUGGUGACGCUUGGAAAGCCGUACUACUGGCAGGCCCAGACGGACAAGGAAAAGAAAUUCUUUAUUGCAAGUCUGAUCAAGAUCUAUGCCAAAUACACGGGUGGUCGCAUGCCGACCUUGACGGGUUUUGAUCAGCGCGAACUUGAUCAAGUGUUGGGUGGCGCACAGGCACCCCGAAGACAGGAACGACAAGACCGACCACCUCCCCGUCCGAGCCUCCCCGAUUCUGCCCCCAGCAGCGCCAAUAACUCGAUCUCGUCUCUUGGCUAUAAUGGAAGGGAAAUGCUCAAUGCCCAGGCCACACCAGCCCCUGCCCCGACAUACCCAGAACGGAUGCCCUCGCGUGGCGCGCUUGCGCCGAAUGGAAGAGCUUCACCAGUGCAAAGCGUCGACUCGGGCCGGCCGAGUCAAGAGCUGCCUACCCUUCGACGGCUAGCAUCCAACAAUAAGAGCCAGGAUUCGGUGGUGGCCUCGUCUGUUGCGCGGAGCGAAGGGGCCAGCAGCUUCAGGCCAGGAUCGAGAAAUGGGCCGGGCUCUAGCUAUGGCACCCCUGAGGCGUCACCCGCACCUCCGUCUCUGGAUGAGAGGCCGCCGGAGAGGAGAAGACCUCCCAUGGAUCCGUUGCGGCCGACGCAGGUCGACAGAGAUUUGGUGCCGGCUCCUUUGAACAGCCCUGCGGCGCGUAUUCCACUUCCACCUCGGAGUCAAGACCGCAUGUCCCCCCGCAAGAAUUCGGUGAGCAGACGGGACCCGACACCACUUCGGAUGGACCAGAGACCUGUAACACCAAAAGAGAUCUCGAGAGCAGGCACGCCAGUGAGUGCGCCCAGUCCGGCACCUGUCCCAACACCGCAGACUGCCAGCCCAGCACCUGCUCCUGCUCCUGCUCCUGCUCCUGCUCCUGCUCCUGCUCCUGCUCCUGCUCCUGCUCCUGCUCCUGCUCCUGCUCCUGCUCCUGCUCCUGCUCCUGCUCCUGCUCGUGCCGUGCCGGCUGCUGUCCCCACGCCUCCACCUGUGCCAGCCGAGGAAUCGACGCCAGAGGCACCCCAGACCCCCGCGGAUGACGAAGAGAAGCCUGGCGUUUUUGGAAUCAAGUCCAAGAAAUCUAGAGGAGAAAUCGCCGGUGCGAUCUGGAAGGCUGCCGCGGCCGUCAGUGCGUUCAAGCCCAGACCGGGCGGUGCAGCAGAGCGACUGCGUCAAAACCAGAACAAGAGCAAUGACGGGCCAGACGGUAUCACGAGCGUUGUGCCGGCGCCUCCCAAGCCCAUCCCGGUUAAGACUCCGGAGCCGAUUGUUCUCGAACCACCCCCCAAGGCGGCCGACAGGGGAUCCUCUGCCACUACUGCGUCUGGCAUUCCCGAGCUGAAAGUCACGGGCUCAGACCCCAACAGCCGACCGGAUAGCAUUGUCGCUUUCAAGGAGAAGAAGGAGGAGGUACCAGAGGAACCGCAGCGGUCGGUCGUGGCGGGGAACGAUGUCAAGUACCUGGCUACUUUGGGGAUUGAUCCAUCGAUUCUGGACGGCAAGACGUCCGAGUUUGCCAAGUGGCUGGAUUACUUUGGGUGGGUGCCGGGCGAGCAGAUGAGGCAGAGGAACUUUGAGGAGAUGAGGGCGGAUCUGGACAGAGAGAUGGGCAAGGCGCAGGCGGGGGGGUGGCUGGCGAGGUUUCAGGAGGAGGAUGAGAGGGUUGAUGCGAUCAAGAGGGGGAUCGAUCUUGCGAUUGGGGAGUGUGAUGAGCUGGAUAAUUUAUUGACGCUUUACAGCGUUGAGUUGUCGACACUCUCGGAUGAUAUCGCCUACAUCGAGGCGCAAGGCCAAGGUCUGCAGGUGCAGGCUGCCAAUCAGAAGCUUUUGAGAAAGGAACUCGAGUCGCUGUUGGAGACCUGCGCCAUCAGCGAGGCCGACCUGGAGGCGCUCAAGUCGGCGCCGCUGGAGCAUGCCGCCGGGGUGGAGGAGAUUGAGACCUCGUUGGUCACGCUGUUCAAGGCCAUGAUCAAGAUUGAUCCUACGAUGGGCAACAGCGAGGGGAGGAGGAGCGAAGACGGGAGCAGUGCGGACCAGUCGCUUGGCUUGGACGAGAAUUACGGCCAGAUGCGGAUCGUGCAGGAGAAGAAGGAGAUGUACCUUGCCGAAAGCUCGCUUUUCAUGAGGAGGUUGGUGAUUUUCAUGGAGAAGCAGUUUAGCGAGGCGUUCAGGGAGACGAAGGCGGCGCUGGAUGGGGCGCUGAGCAAGAAAGUUGAUCCGAGGAAUCACGAGGUGGGACGGGACAUCCUCUGGAUGUACGGCCCGCUGAUUCUGUACGCGAGGGACGUGGAUAUGGACAACUGGAACCGGAUCCUGCAGGUUUACCAGGACAAGUGCCACCCGAUAUACAAAACUGAGUUCAAGGAGGCGAUGGACGCGUGGAAGAAGAAUGCGAGGAAGGUGACGGGGGAUGAGGCGGAGCUGCUGUUUACUUCGCAGCAGGAGAAGAAGGAGGAGGGGCUGGCGACGACGGCGAGGAAGUUGACGGUCAAGAGGAGCCAGACGCUGGCGAGGAGCUUGAGGAGCCCGUUGGGGGAUGGGGGGAGCAGGUCGUCUGCGGCGGAGAAGACGCCGGAUGGGAGGGCGUUGCCGUACGAGGUUUUUGCCGGGGUGCUGGAUGAUUUGCUGCCGUUGGUGGAGAUGGAGCAGAACUUCAUCGUGGAUUUCUUCCACGCUACUACGCUGGAGCAGGCGGAUUUUCCGGAUUUGGUGGCGGCGUGUAGGCCGGUGAAUAGACGGGGGGGGGACCUCAAGAGGCAUCGGUUGAUGGAGCCGGAUCGGGAGCUGGCGAGGCGGGUGACGAAGGCGAUGGAGAGUAUUUUUGGGUUUAUGGAGAUGGGGUUGCAGCAGUUGAUGGAUUGGGUUUUGGGGAUGGAUCCCUUACAGGGAGUGGGUAUCUUGGCCACGCUCGAACGCAAGAUGGCCGAAAUGUCACAAUCCAACCAGGACUUUCUCAACAAUUUGCUCCAAAAACUCCACGGCAACCUCGAGGCCAAGUUCAAAAAGUUUGUCGACGAUCAGAUCCGCGCCAUUGAAGAGACAAAGGUCAAGAUCAAAAAGCGCAAGGGCGUCAUCCACUUCAUCCGCAUCUUCCCCCAGUUUUCCACCGCAGUCGAGAACAUGCUUGCGAAUGUUGAUCCCAACUUGGGGGUCAGGCGGAUGGUAGAUAGGGAGUAUGACCGCAUCCUCAAGUCAAUGUUUGACUCGCUCAAGGUGAUUGCGAGAGAGAACCCGGCCAUGGGCGGCGGCGGGGCAGCCGCCACGGCUGCUGCGAUUGCCAACUCUGCGGAUCCGGAAGACAAGGAGGCGCUCAACUUCCACAUCCUGCUUAUUGAGAAUAUGAACCACUACCUGGAGGAGGUGGAGAACUCGAGGGGGUUGGAGGUGCUGGAUGACUGGAAGGAGCAGGCGAACCAGGAGCUGCAGGAGCAUAUGGGGUUGUAUCUGAAUGCUGUCAUGAGACGGCCGCUGGGUAAGCUGCUGGAAUGUUUGGAGAACAUCGAGGCUCAGCUCGCAGGGGGCAAGUCAGCGGCCGGGAUUGCGGCUCAGCCGUCGAACUCGAAGAGCACGUUUAACAAGGUGCUGGGUGGGUAUGAUGCGAAGGAGGUGAGGAAGGGGAUUGAGGCUUUGAGGAAGAGGGUGGAGAAGCACUUUGGGGAUGAGGACUCUUCUUCAGCGGGAGGGGAGGGGAAGAAGGGGAGCAGCGACACGCUGAGUGUUAGUUCGGGCGUUUCGGGGCAUCAUGGGGUCAAGUUUGGUGGUGGGGGUUCGAGUCAGAGUAAUAGCGGGUUGGUGAUGAAGGUGUUGAGGGAGUGUGAGAAGUUUUAUGGGGAGGUGGAGAUGAGGGUUGGGAGGGUGACGACGGAUGUGUAUGGGGGGGAUGUGCUGUUUGAGUGGCCCAGGGGGGAGGUCAAGGCUGCUUUUGCGGCGGGGGCAGGGGGGAGUGGCGGAGGGUUGGGGGGGAUUCAUUUGGGGAGGUCGUGA